UCACUUAACUUAAGAAAUGCAUAACAAACUAACGUGCAUUGUUGUUGAACUUAAUCAACAAUUUAAAGUAUAUUAGUGAGAUAAGUGUACUAAAUCAACGCAAGAGUUAUAUUGUUUUUUUUUUCUUUUUGUUAUUUUUUUGCUCACAAACACAGACACAAGUGCAAUGAAAAUGAAAACUACGAUUCAUUCUAAGCCACUAUUUGUGCGUGUGUCUCUUGUCUGCGUGUGUGCGUGAGAAGACUGUUCGCGUGUGUGGGUGUGUUGGUUGGUCUGACGACAUUGACUGAGCCUGCAACUGGGCCGAUGGCCGCCCGCCCGUCCGACCGCCUGCUGCCCGCUGCUCGCUGUUCGCUGCCUCGUACAAGCAGCUAGUAACCGUUACUCUGCUUCUUCUUCUAAUCGUGUGUCUUGCCACAACAGAAGCAAGUAGAGAAUAGUCAAGAAUAGUCAAGAAAAAAAACGAACAAUAAGAAAGAACAAAAAUAAACAAUAAAAAAGAAAACAAUCAAAGGUAUUAAAAAGAAAAACGAAAGUCUUGGAAAAAAAAACAAAUGUGCCAUGUUAAUAUUGGAUGCAGCAGCGUUUGCUGGAUUCCAGUGCUGUGAACACUUAUACUAAGGACACACAUUCACUCCCACGCGCGCGCUCUCCCCCGCCAUGUUCACGUUCAAUCGGCUGGGCAACGCUGGAACGGCCUCUGCUGCUGCCGCCGCUGCAGCGGCCGCUUCAGAAGCUCCGGCACAUACGUCCAGCGGCUCCAGCAGCCAUGCCAGUGUUGCCACACCCAUCAGUGAUCUCUAUUUGCGCCCACUGCCCUACCUGGACGCCAAAUGGCUACGCGCCGAUCUCAUUGCCUGCCUGCGUAACGGUGCCGAGGGCGCUGUGCUCUGGAAUCAUCUGAUUCAGGAUUGCGAACUGGUGUCCUCGCCGACGGCACCGCUGCUGAAUGCACGCGGCCAGCUCUCCUACCUGGGCGACGAUGGCAAGCACUACUGUGGCGCCCAGGCGCUGCAGUGCGCCUGCUGCCAGCCCGAGUACUGCGGCCCACUCUCCGCCUGCAACUGCGACGGCUGCCGACCCCUCGACUCGGACAUGGCCAUCAAGAAGCUAACCUCGGCGGCGGCCCAGCAGGCAACGGCCGGGCAACUGCACGCCACAGAGCUGACGCUGAGCAGCUGGAUGUGGAGCCAGCCGCCCAACCAGCUAGCCAAGCACGACUGCCAGCGCACCAUGAUCGCUGAGCUCCACGACCUCUCGCUGCGCGCCGCCGGCAACUGCCUCUCGGCGCAGCAACUGCGCCAGCAGCUAUUCAUCUACGAAAGAUAUUUUGUGGCCCUCAAGCGAAAUCUACUGCAGCAGCAGCAGCAGAACCAGCACCAGCAGCAGCAGCAAUCGACACAUCCGUCUUCAGCCACACAGCAGCAGUCGGAGGACUGCACUGCGCCCGCACCACCCGAACAGGAGCAGCCGCGACGCCCGCCGCAGAUGGAGCCGGAGCAUGCGGCGCUGGGCUUGGCGCGCGUCGGCACACGAGCCGCGCUCAACUUCAGCUUCGCCUUUCUGCGUCGCGCCUGGCGCUCCGGCGAGGAUAUGGAAAUGUGCAGCGAGCUGCUGAGUGAGGCUCUGGAGUCGCUGCAGGAGCUGCCGGAGGCGACGCUCUUCGACUCGGCCGCCCAGGUGUCACCGCUCUGGCUGGAGGUGAUGGAGCGCUCGAUCAAGUUUCUGCGUCUCGUCGCCCUCGGCGAUCCCAUGGGCGGACGCUGCCUGGCCCCGCUGGCGGAUAGGCACACGGCUCUGUGCCUGCUGCUGGAGCUGGGCGUGCAGAAGGGCACGCUGGCCGCCACGCUGGAGUGCGUGGUGCUGCUGCUGCUGCUCUGGGAGAAGGACAACGACAAUGGCCAUGCCCAUGGCCACGUGCACGGCCACGCCCACGCCCACGGACAUGGCGGCGUGAAUGGCGAUAAUCGUGACAUGCCACGCAAGUCGGGCGCUCCGCUGCUGCGCAUCCUGCAACGGUAUCAGCGCCUGGGCGCCGAGCCAGUGCAUCAUAGUCACAGUGGCUGCCCCAAUCCGAACGUGGAGCUGCCGACGCCGCUGGCCAGUGCCACCGAAACGUUUCUGCGCUUUCUCAUGCUGCCCAAGAGCUCGGCGGCCAUAGUGGAUCUACGGCGUGCUGCUGUGGUCAUCAUCUCCCAUCUGGAUCGGCUGGUGCAGCCGCAUAUGCCGCAGCGAACGAAUCUCAUGCCCACAGCGGCACCGGCCACGGCCACGCCCACAACGACGCCCACAAACAUGUGGGAGCAGCAACGCGUCUACGCCCUGGGCUGGCCGGCGCUCUCCAAGGAGCAGCCGGGCUUCAAUGUGGAGCCCGCCCUGAGCUGGAGCAAUGCAUCCGCACAGCAGCCGCCGGCACCGCCACCGCCGCCGCUGCUCCCCUGCAAGUUCCAGCUGCAGCAGGUGGCCUGCAGCGAGGAUGUGGUGCUGCUGCUCAGCAAGGAGGGCAAGCUCUACAACUGGCACAUUGCCAAGCCGGAGGCGGAGCCCCAGCAGCUGGACUUUGCCGAAAUAGCCAACGAGACGUUCAUCUCCAUAGCCGCCCACUGCGAGGGCCGCCACUUCCUGGCCGUGGACAGCAACUUUAACGCGUAUUCGUGGGGAGUCGGGGACAGCCGGCGAUUGGGGCACGGCGAUUGCCACGCCCGCGAGCUGCCCACCAAAAUCGAGAGCUUGGUGCGCCUGGUCAAGUCCGUCUACUGCGGCUGCUCCUACAGCGCGGCCAUCACGCUGGGCGGCAAUCUCUAUACGUGGGGCCGCGGCACCUACGGCCGUCUGGGACAUGGCACCUCGGAUGAUCAGUGUCUGCCCGCCAUGGUGAUGGCGCUCAAGGAUCACCAGGUGGUGGACGUGGCGCUGGGCAGCGGCGAUGCCCAUACGCUGUGCCUCACCAGCGAGGGACUGGUCUUUGCCUGGGGCGAUGGCGACUACGGGAAGCUGGGCAACGGCAGCUGCAACAGCAGCCUCCUGCCGCAGCUCAUCGACUGCCUGCCGCGGGUGCAGCGCGUCUUUGCGGGCGCCCAGUUCUCGCUGGCGCUCAGCUGCGAGGGCCAGCUCUACAGCUGGGGCAAGGCCACCUGCCUGGGCCACCAGCUGGUCGAGCGCAACGUGCAGGGCUGCAGUGUGCCCAGAUUGAUAACCGGCCUGCAGCACAAGCGCAUUGUGGAUGUGGCCGUGGGCGUGGCCCAUUGCUUGGCACUGAGCAGCAGCGGCGAGAUCUUUGGCUGGGGUCGCAACGAUAAUCAGCAGAUCUGUCCCGCCUCCGUUUGCAGCGAACCGCUGCUCCGGCAGCCCAUCCAGGUCACCCUGCCCACGCUGCCGGCCAGCGGCAUUGCCUGCACGGCCGCACAGAGCCUGAUCUGGACGCAGAGCACGCGGCAGGGUGUGCCGUUGCGUGCGCCGUUUGUCAUCGACCUGGGCGAACCCACAUUCCGACUGCUCGACCAGCUGCUGGGCAUGUGCAGUGCCAGCACGGCGCAGGAUAAUCGCCAGACACCCAACCAGGAGUCCGAAUGCAUUGCCGUCGCCUGCCUCAAUCUGGUGCGGCUCCAGCUGCUGGCGCUGAUCGCCAACGGCGUGGAGCCGCGCACCGUCGGCCUGGCCAGCGGCGGGCGACUGCUCAACAGCCUCAAGACCCGCAUCCUCAGUCUAGCCGGCGGCAGCCAGGUGCUGCGCACCAUCCAAGUGGCCGCCCAGCAGGCACUCCAGGAUGGCUGGAGCGUCCUCCUGCCGACGGCAGCGGAACGCGCACAGACGCUAACGGCACUGCUGCCCUCGGAGCCGGGGCAGGCCUGCUCGCCGGGACAUCGCUUCAUGACAGAUCUGCUGGUCAGCUCGCUGAUGGCCGAGGGCGGCCUGGAGACGGCGCUCCAGCACGCCAUACGACUGGAGAGCAGCUCCUGCUCCACGGAUUGCAACGACGGCGCACAUCUGCCGCUGCUGCAGCUGAUCACGCGGCUGCUGGGCAACAAUGCAUCGCUCACGCAGAGUCGCCUCUCCCUGACGCUGCUGGUCAAGCAGCAACAGCAACAGCAGCAGCAGCAGCAGCAGCAGCAACAACAGCCCGGCACGAGUCCCAGUCUCUGUUUGCUGCAUCGCUUCCAGCGGCUGCUCCUGGCGCACAUUCAUCAGGCGGGCCCCGAGGAGGACACAACGGGAGCCGAGGCGCUGCUCGCCCAAUACCUGCACAGCCUGAUUCCGGCCUGCGUCAGCACGCUGCAACAGGCCCAGGAGCUGGCCCUGCAGUGCCGGGAGUCGGGCGAGCUGGUGACGCUGGGCGCCCAGCUAUUGGGCGCCGCGCUGAAUCGUGUGCUCCAGUCGGACAUCUCGGACGCGCUGCUGCACGAGCUGCUGGUUGGGCUGGUGCUGCUGAAGCGGGAUCGCCCCCAGUGCCUGGCCAGCCUGCGCUGGGCCCGCCUCUUCCUGCCGCUGCUGCGUGUGCUCGAUCGCCUGAACCGCGCGCUGGGCGAGGGCGAACUGCGCGACAACGACGACAUGGGCUGGCCGGGCAUCAUUUGUCGCGGCGGCCCCAAAGGCGGAGCACCGCCCCCAGCUGCCGACCCGGAGACGCACUACGUCCGGCGCUGCGACAUGGAGAAUCUGCUGCUCGACGGCGGACGCUGCAUCAUUGUGGCCGGCUACGUUUGUGAUCUCAAUGGCUACAACUGUGAGUCGGAUAACAUGCGAGCCCUGCUGGAUCUGGGUCUGGGCAAGGAUCUCAGCGCGGAGCUGAGCACGCCGGCGUAUCGCAGCGCCAUGGAGCAGCUGUUGCAGCACCACAAGCUGGGCAAAUAUCUAGCCAACCAGAACGCCAACGAGGAUAAGACCGCCACGCCGGGUGCCACCCGCCUGACGCACUUCAGCUCGGAGUGUGCGCUGGCCCAGCUGCUGGGCCUGGUCGCCAAUCUCAUGUGCAGCGGUCCGGGCCUGCAGCCAGCGGAGCUGCAGUGCCGCCAGCUGGACAAGUCGUCGCUGCUCAGCGGUGGCCUGCUCAUGCUGCAGCCCAACAAUCCGUUUGACGAGGAGAAGGGCGAGGCGCGCAGCAGUCACAGCACGGCGGGCAACACGCCCACGGAGGCACCGCUGCCGCCGCCACCCAAGGCGCAGCUGCAGAAUCGCGUGGACAGCUUCAUAGCGGGACUGGCGGAGGCGCGACUCAGUGAGCCGCUGGUGGCCAAUUGGCUGACACUGACCGAACGCUACUGCAAGGCGCACAAUUUGAUGUGGCACCAGGAGUUCGCCACCGAGCAUCCGGUGCAGGAGCUGGAGCGUCUACUGAGCGCCGUUCUGUUGCGGCAUCAGUGCCUGGGCGGCUUGGUGCUCAGCGCUCUGGAGGCGAUGCCCUUGGGCGAACAGCAGCAGCAGCAACAGCAGCAGCAGUCGCUGCCCAAGCAGCUGGGCGAGAUCAUACGAUUGGUGCACCAGGCCAAGUGGUCGGUGGUGCGGACGCGGCAGCAGCUCAAUCGCAGCUACAAGGAGGUCUGUGCGCCCGUGCUGGAGCGUCUGCGCUUCCUGCUCUACGAGGUGCGUCCCGCCAUCACUCCGCAGCAGCGCGGACUGCGCCGGCUGCCAAUUUUGCAGCGUCUGCCGCGAUUCCGGCUGCUGGUGCGACGCCUCCUGCAGGAGCUGCGCACCGCCAAGCAACAGCCGGCGGCCAAGCCCGAGGAUCUGCUCAAUGCCAGCAUCCAGCAGCAGCAGCAGCAACAACAACAAGCUGUUGCAACGGAGCUGCUCAUCUAUGAUCACGAACAGCAGCAGCAGCAGCAGCAGGAGGAGGAGAAAAAGAAGCCCAAGCAGCAGAAGCAACUGGACGAGGAGGAGUCGCUGCUGCGCCGCCUCAACGAACGCCAGCUACAGACGGACAUCGAGCUGGAUGCGACACUCAUGCAGGACAUCGUGGACUUUGCGCUCCAGGACAGCUGCGACGUGGAGACGGUGCGACGCGCCAUGUACUGCCAAAUGCAGCGCUUCCAGCUGCGUCUGGCCGGGCUGCAGCUGGUGCAGCAGCUUCUGGAGCUGCACGGCCUGCUGGACGCCGCCCAGUACAGCCUGCUCAAUGGCUACCUGGGACUGCAUCUGAAGUCGGCGGCCAGCGGAGCGUCGCCGCAGCAUGUGCUCGGCCAGCUGAACAUGGUGAGCGCGUACCAGAAGGCACGCCUCCUGCUCGCCCAGUCGCGGGUCCUCGACUGGGCUGUGCGCGAGCUGCGUCGCCUGGUCAACCAGGAGCAGCAGGGCGCCGCCCGCGGCAAGGAUAGCUGCAACCUGAGCACCUACGUGCUGCUCAAGCGCUUGCCACGUGCCCGCUUCCUGAUCAGCGUCUUCGGGCUGCUGGCCAAGGAGCUGGGCGCCAACGAGCUGGGACUGCUCAUCAACUCGGGCCUGCUGGGCACCGUCCUGGGCCUGCUGGCCCAGACGGGCGGCGAGGGCAACGUCAAGCCGAACAACUGCGAGCUGAGCGUCCUCUACGAGGACAGCGUGCUGAAGCAGAAGUGCAGCAAGGCGCAGCUGAGCGGACCGGAUCUGGCCAAGCUCAUGAAGAUCGGCACGCGCAUUGUGCGCGGCGCCGACUGGAAGUGGGGCGAUCAGGAUGGCAAUCCGCCGGGCGAGGGGCGCAUCAUCAGCGAGGUGGGCGAGGACGGGUGGGUGCGUGUCGAGUGGUAUACGGGCGCCACCAACUCCUAUCGCAUGGGCAAGGAGGGCCAAUACGAUCUUCAGCUGGCGGACAGCGCUCUCAAUGUUGCAUCACCGACGGAGCCAGAGCGCGAAGAGCUGGGCACAUUGGAACCACCGCCCAGCAGCGAAUCGCAUCCCACCAAGCUUCUGAGGCACUGCGCCUCCAAGCUGCUGCAAAUCCUGGCCGUGGGCAGUGGCCUGCACGGCGCCCAGCUGGACAAGUACGCGCUCCGUGGCAUCACGAGCAUGUUCCGUGCUAUAGUCGAUCCGAAGCCGGCGCUGGCCAAUGUGGUGCACUGCCUCAGCUGGCUGAACCUUGGCUUUAUACGUGCCAUAGCAGGUGAUUGUCCACGGCUGUGCCUGGAGCUGAGCUCCCCGAAUUGGCUGUCGCAUUACUUUGCGCUGCUGGAGCAGCCGGCGGGCACGGAGCGUGGAGUGUAUCGACAGCUGCAUUGCCUGCGCCUGAUGCAGUGCAUCCUCAGCUCGUGGGGCGUGGAGCAGGAGCCGCGCAUGGCUGGCCUGGUGCGUCAGCUCUUCGCCACGCUCGGACGCAUCGCAUUGCAUUGUCCGGGCGAUGUGACACUGCAGCCGGUGCAGGAGGGCGGCAAGGCGCGAGUCCUGCUGACCGCCUCCCACUCGGGCAGCGUGGCCGAGGAGCUGGUGGCACUGCUGCGUCGCCUGCACACACUGCCGCAUUGGAAUGCGGUGAUCAACUCGUUCCUGGCACAGAAGCUCUGCGUCGCCGCCGAACUGCUGCAGGGCGAAUCGCAGCUGCCGCAGACGCCGCUGGACACGGAGCAGAGCCUGGUGCUGGGCGUGCUGAGCGCCAUGGGCGGCUACGACUUGCGUCCGCGUGUCGGCCUCCAUUGCUUCCACGAGGGCAGCCACAUGAUCAUCGCCAGCUUCACCCACAAAGGCCGCUGCCUGCUGGCCUACAGCGCUCCGCCGGCGGUCGCCAAUCUGGCGCAGGGCUUGGUGAAGGUGCCGCUGGCAACGGUGCUGCCGCAGCUGGACCACAGCGUGUUCAGCCUGACGCGUCUGCCCAUGAACGAGAUGCUGCUGAACGCCUGGACCGUGCUGCUCUACGGCGCCGCCAGCCCCAGCCCCAGCUCCAGCUCGAGCGCCGGCAACUGGGAGCUGCUCAAUGCGGGCGAGGGCAAGCUGGACGUGCGCUUGCUGCGCAGCCAGCAGCUGCAGCUGGCGGUGCUGCACACGAACGGCGUGCUCUACCGGCACCAGGCGGCGCUGCGCAAGAUACUCAAGCAGCGGGCACCGGCCAGCGUCUACAGCAGCAACGAGUGCAGCGAGGAGCCGGAGGCGGAGGCGCUCAACGAGGCGGAACUGGAGCUGCAGUCGGAGCACACGGAGGCCAACAACAGCAGCAGCGGCAACCACAGCAACAACCACAACAACAAUGGCAACAACAACAGCCAUCAACCGUCGGAGCAGCUGCUCAUACAGGUCCUGCUGCUGCGCGCCACGCAGCCGUCCCCGGUGAAGGCGUGCUAUAGCUAUACGGAUCUGGCCACGGCGGCGCUCAACUGCGUCCAGACGCUGGCCAGCCAGGCGUAUCAGCAGCUGAACGCGGAGAAUGCGCUGCAGCCGGUGCACUUGGCCAGCCCAGCGCAGCCGACCAUGGUCCAUGGCAUCGCCGUUUACAAUGUGGCCAAGGAGCAGUCGGCACCUGCGCAAGCGGAUCAGCUCAGCCAGGCAGCGCCGCCGGCUAGCGAUGCACAGCUAAUUGAGCAGAUUAUGGAAAUGGGAUUCACGCGACGCAAUGUGGAGCUGGCGUUGAAGCAGCUGUCGCUGCAGGCGGAGGCUGUGCCGACGCCGGAGCAAAUCGUCCAAUGGAUACUGGAGCAUCCGGAUGUCUGUGCGAAUACCAUCGAUGUGGAGGCAGUGGAGCCGACAGCGGCGGCAGCAGCAGCGGCCGCCAAUGGCAGCAGUCGCAGCAGCAGCAGCAGCACCACCACCACCACCACCACCAGCACCACCAGCAGCAACAGCAGCACCUCCUCAUCCUCCGACACGGUCGAGGAUCAGCCGGUGCAGAAGUUCGAUACGCGCAAAGAUUUUCCCACUGCCGAUCAUUAUGCGCUCUAUGUCCGGGGAUUGGUGCGUCCGGGCAUGCUGGUGCGUUGCUGUCGCGACUUCGAGGAGAUCAAGCAGGGCGACAUGGGCACCGUGCUCAUUGUGGACACGGAGGGGCUGCACGAUCUGAACGUGCAGGUGGAUUGGCGCAAUCAUGGCAGCACCUACUGGGUAUGCUUCGUGCACAUCGAACUGGUGGAGGCGGCACAGCCGGGAGCACAUUUACUCCCACUGCCACGCCCGCCGCCGCCCAUAGCUGUGGGCGCCCGGGUGAGGCAACUGAUGCGGCUGGGCGGCUCACGGAGCCAGCUGGAGUACGGCCUGGUGACGGCGAUGCGGGGCAAGCAGCUGACAGUCGAGUUUCCCGACCAGCCCAACUGGCAGGGUCACAUCAACGACGUGGAACCGAGUCCAACAGUCGCUGCGGCGGCGACGCCGGGGGCAGCCGGAGCCACAACAGCAGCUGCUGGACAAGCUCCGGCUGCGGCUGGGGCUGCGGCAGCGGGGUCUCAAGUCGAUCUCAUUGAGGAUUGGUCGCGCUGCAUACGCUCGCUGAGCGUGAGCUCCAACGAGGCGGCAGCGAAGCAUCUGCUCGACGGCAGCGGCCUGGCCUGGCAGAGCUGCUCGAGCGGCGCCUGCCGGCAUUGGAUACGCCUGGAGCUGCACGAUCGCAUCCUGGUGCACAGUCUGGCGCUGCGCGUCAGCCCGGAGGAUCAUUCGCACAUGCCGUCGCUGGUGGAGGUGCGUGUGGGUGACUGCAUCGACAGCCUCAAGGAGUACACCUGGGUGCCCGUGGGAUCGACCGUGAAUCGGGUGGUGCUGAUGCAGCAGACGGUCUCCUAUUAUCCCUGGAUCGAGAUUGUGAUCAAGCAGUGCCAGAACAAUGGCAUCCAGUGCAAGGUGCACGGCAUCGAGUUUAUCGGACGUCGCCAGCAGCCGGACAUCCAGCACAUGCUGGCCAAUGCCCAGUUCCUGGCCUGUGAGUAUGGCAGCACGAAUGGAGGCGCGGGCGCAGCGGCAGCGGCGGCCAUGGCAGCAACAGCCGCAGCAGCAGCUGCCGGAGGAGCAGGAGCAACAGCCGGAACAUCGAGCAGUGCGCAAAUAGCUGAGAGCCUAACCGGGCAUGCCGACCAGGAGCUGCCCUGCACGGUCAUGGUGUGGGGCCUCAACGACAAGGAGCAGCUGGGCGGCCUGAAGGGCUCCAAGGUGAAGGUGCCCACCUUCUCGCCGACAAUAAGUCGCCUGCGUCCCAUCCACAUAGCCGGCGGCUCGAAGUCCCUCUUUGUGGUGAGCCAGGAUGGCAAGGUGUAUGCCUGCGGCGAGGGCACCAAUGGACGACUUGGCCUCGGGGUCACCCACAAUGUGCCGCUGCCCCAUCAGCUGCCGGUGCUGCAUCAGUAUGUGGUGAAGAAGGUAGCGGUUCACUCGGGCGGCAAGCACGCCCUCGCCCUGACCCUGGACGGCAAGGUGUUCAGCUGGGGCGAGGGCGAGGACGGCAAGCUGGGGCACGGCAAUCGCAGCACGCUGGACAAGCCGCGACUGGUGGAAGCGCUGCGCGCCAAGAAGAUACGCGACAUUGCUUGCGGCUCAUCCCAUUCGGCGGCCAUCAGCAGCCAGGGCGAGCUCUACACGUGGGGCCUGGGCGAGUACGGGCGACUGGGCCACGGUGACAACGCCACCCAAUUGAAGCCCAAGCUGGUGGCUGCGCUCAGUGGACGUCGGGUCAUUCAGGUGGCCUGCGGCAGUCGCGAUGCCCAGACGCUGGCGCUGACCGAGGACGGCGCCGUCUUCAGCUGGGGCGAUGGCGACUUUGGCAAGCUGGGCCGCGGCGGCAGUGAGGGCUCCUCGACGCCGCACGAGAUCGAGCGUCUCUCGGGCAUCGGCGUCAUCCAGAUCGAGUGCGGCGCCCAGUUCAGCUUGGCCUUGACCCGAGCCGGCGAAGUGUGGACCUGGGGCAAGGGCGACUACUAUCGCCUGGGCCACGGCGGGGAUCAGCACGUGCGCAAGCCUCAGCCCAUUGCCGGACUGCGUGGCCAUCGCGUCAUCCACGUGGCCGUCGGUGCGCUGCACUGCCUGGCCGUCACGGACGCGGGACAGGUCUAUGCCUGGGGCGACAACGACCACGGACAACAGGGCAGCGGGAAUACGUUUGUGAACAAGAAGCCGGCCCUGGUGAUCGGGCUGGAUGCGGUGAUCGUGAAUCGUGUGGCAUGCGGCAGCUCCCACUCCAUGGCCUGGGGUCUGCCCAACGCCAGUUUGGAUGAGGAGAAGCGCGGCCCGGUGCCCUUCGGGUGCACUCGGGAUCCGCUCGGCGGCAGCAGCCUGGGCAUCUACGAGGCGGAGACACAGCAGCAUACGCACACCACGCCGGAUAUGGCCGGCAAGCCGGACGUGCGGCCGAGCACCUCGGCUGCAGCAGCGGCGGCAGCAGCAGCCGCGGCUGCCUCCUGCUCAGCGUCGGGCUCCGGCACCGGUACCGGCUCGACUCUGGCCAGUCUCAGCGAGAGCCUGGCACUGGAGACGCCAGCUGCACGGCAAGCGGCGCUGGGACAUGUGCUCCGGGCAAUGAGCAUCUUGCAGGCGAGGCAGCUCAUUGUCGCCGCACUCACCAGCCACAGCAAGGUCAACUACAAGGAGUCGGCGGCCAGGCAUGCCGGCGCGCACAUCGAACUGGAGGAGCAGCUGAACACGGCUGCCGGCACUGGGAGUGGAUCGGCAGCAGCAACAUCAGCAGCAGCAGGAGGAGGAACUACGACCACAGCAGCAGCAGUCGCUGCCGCAGCCGCAGCUGGAGCUACGACUAUUGCCCAGGGCGGAGGCGAGGCACCAGCGGAUGUCAGCGAUGUAGAGCCACAGCCGCAGCACAGUCCAGAGGAGAUGCCUUUGCCGGCGGCAGUGAUGAGCUCGGGAUUGAGCGCCUUCCAGAGCCUGACCGGCUCACUGUCCAUGUCGGGCAUGUCGGCGGGCUCGCACUCGCGGAUGUCGGCCAGCGCGAUGUCAGUGAUGGCCGCCACGAUGACGCAGCAGGAGGAGAUGCUGGCCCAAUUCAGUCACAAUCACGGACUGGACGAUUUCGGUGCCCUGCUGCAGGAGGCGGAGGCGAAGAGCCUGGUCGAGCUGCUCAAGCUGGCGGUGUGCGGACGCUGCGGCCCGCCCAGCACCGCCCAGACCAUAGCCGAGACCCUAAUCUCGCUGAGCAGCAAUGCGGGCAUUGCGGCCAUGCUGCUGGAGACGUGCAUCACGGAGCUGGAGGAUCUGUGCACGUCGCGCCACUGCCUGGGCAAGCUGCCCAAGCCGGUGAUGCAGGAGAGCAGCCAUCCCUACGUGGACAACAUGAAUGUGAGUGGAACUGUUCGCAUUCCGGGCGCCGAGAUGCUGCGCAUCGAGUUCGACAGCCAAUGCAGCACGGAGAAACGCAACGAUCCGCUGGUGAUCAUGGAUGCAUCCGGUCGCAUGUUGGCCAUGCGCUCGGGCCGCGAAUUCGCCCACUGGGCGCCCGAGAUCCGGGUGCCCGGCGAUGAGCUGCGCUGGAAGUUCUGCUCGGACAGCUCGGUGAACGGCUGGGGCUGGCGCUUCUGGGUGCACGCCAUCAUGCCGGCUGCCACGCUGGGCGAGAGUGGCUCGGACCGUGCCGUAUUGUCGCAGCCAUCGAUGGCGCUGGUCAUGGCGCUGCUCGAUGCGCGGCUUGCGCCACGCCAGCCCCAGGUGCUGCUCCGGCUGGCCGCGGCGCUGGCGGCCUGCGCCCAACUGGGCGCCCUGAGCACGGCCCAGCGCAUCUGGGCGCUGAAGAAGCUGCACGCGGUGCUCCUGCUGGAGCAGGCGCCCAAGCCGCAGGAGCCCGCCUUGGCGGCCAUACUAAUGCCCCUCAUCCCGGAGCUACUGCGUCAGUACGAGUACGAGGAGCCGCAGGUGCGCGGAGGCAUUCAUCUGAUGCACUCGGAUUACUUCAAGACGCUGGCGGCGCUCGCCUGCGACAUGCAACUGGACGCCGCCCUGCCCACCACCGGCAGCGGCAUCUGCAGCAGCACAAGCGCGUCUUGUGCUGGAGCAAGCGGAUCUGUGACUGGCUUCAUCGGCGGCGGAGGCGUUGGCGUUGGCGGCGGAGGCGGCAGCAGCAGCAGCCUCAACUCGAACGCAUCGGGGGAUAUGCACAAGUGGGCGUGGUUCAAGCGCUACUGCAUUGCGGUGCGCGUGGCCCAAUCCCUGAUCAGACGCACGGAGCUGCCCCGUCAAUUCUGCCUGGAGGUGCGCAAGAAGUUUGCCGAGAUGCUGCCGACGCCAGUGCCCAGUGCAGUGGCUGCUGGCUGCCAAUCUCCGGGCGCCUCGCUGAUCAACUCGACCACAUCGCUCUCGUCCAGCACGGUGAGCAAUGCCUCUGCCACGGACCAGCAGCAGCAGCAGCUGCAGCUGCAGCAGGUGCAUGCGCAUCAAUUGGCCCAGCAGGAGAUGCUGCUGCUGGAGCAGCUGCAGCCGCAGCCGUUGCAGCUGCUGCUGCACGAGGAUCACACGCUGUUCCAGGCGCCGCACGACGCCCAGCUGCUGCAGUGGCUCAAUCGCCGGCCAGACGACUGGGCCCUCAGCUGGGGCGGCGCCAGCACCAUCUACGGCUGGGGCCACAAUCAUCGCGGCCAGCUGGGCGGCCUGGAGGGCAGCAGAAUCAAGACACCGACGCCCUGCGAGGCGCUCAGCCUGCUGCGGCCGGUGCAGCUGGCCGGCGGCGAGCAAUCCCUGUUUGCUGUCACGCCGGAUGGCAAGCUGUUCGCCACGGGCUACGGCUCCGGCGGACGCCUGGGCGUCGGCGGCAGCGACUCGUGGGCCAUACCCACGCUGCUGGGCUCCCUGCAGCAUGUGUUCGUCAAGAAGGUGGCCGUCAAUUCCGGGGGCAAGCACUGCCUCGCCCUGACCACCGACGGCGAGGUGUACGCCUGGGGCGAGGGCGAGGACGGGAAGCUGGGGCACGGCAAUCGCAUGAGCUACGAUCGGCCCAAACUGGUGGAGCAUCUGAAUGGCAUGAGCGUGGCGGACAUUGCCUGCGGCAGCGCCCACUCGGCGGCGAUAACGGCGAGUGGACACGUCCUGACCUGGGGCAAGGGUCGCUACGGUCGCCUGGGACAUGGCGACUCGGAGGAUCAGCUGCGGCCGAAGCUGGUGGAGGCGCUGCUGGGCUAUCGGGCCAUUGACAUUGCCUGCGGCUCGGGGGAUGCCCAGACGCUGUGCAUCACGGACGACGACAAUGUCUGGAGCUGGGGAGAUGGUGACUAUGGCAAGCUGGGACGCGGCGGCAGCGAUGGCUGCAAGCUGCCCUACAAGAUCGAGAGUCUCGCCGGCCUGGGCGUCAUCAAGGUGGAGUGUGGCUCACAGUUCUCCGUGGCGCUAACCAAAUCCGGCGCCGUCUAUACCUGGGGCAAGGGCGACUUCCAUCGCCUCGGCCACGGAUCGGUGGAACAUGUGCGGCGUCCCAAGAAAGUGGCCGCGCUGCAGGGCAAGAAGAUCAUCUCGAUUGCGACCGGCUCGCUGCACUGCGUCGCCUGCAGCGAUGCCGGCGAGGUCUUCACCUGGGGCGACAAUGACGAGGGGCAGCUGGGCGAUGGCACCGUGACGGCUAUACAACGGCCACGCCUGGUCGCCGCCCUCCAGGGCAAGCACAUCGUGAAGGUCACCUGUGGCUCGGCCCACACGUUGGCCCUGUCCACCUCGCAGUUGAGUGAACGACUGCGUCCGCUGCCCAAUCCGCCGCUCGAAUACGACUUGGUGCGUGACCUGCCGCCGGAGGCGCUGCACGCCCGGCUCAUCCUGCUGCACCACUUCUCCGAGCUGCUCUGUCCCUGCUUGGCCAUGCUGCCCAUUUCGGGAGACUUGAGCCUGGGCGCCCUGAAGGACGUGCUCGUCUACAACAUCAAGGAGGCCGCGUUCCGCAAGGUCAUCCAAACGACAAUGGUGCGAGACAAACAGCAUGGACCCGUCAUCGAGCUGAAUCGCAUCCAGGUGAAGCGCUCCCGUAGCCGUUGCAAUGGCUUGGCCGGCGUCGAUGGCAUGAAGAGCGUCUUUGGCCAGAUGGUGCAGAAGCUGCCGCUGCUCACCCAGGAGGCGCUCGCCCUGCCCCAUCGCGUGUGGAAGGUCAAGUUUGUCGGCGAGAGCGUGGACGACUGCGGCGGUGGCUACAGCGAGUCCAUUGCGGAGAUGUGCGACGAGCUGCAGAACGGCAGUGUUCCACUGCUGAUCAGCACACCCAAUGGCCGUGGCGAGGCGGGUGCCAACCGAGAUUGCUUCCUGCUGGACCCAACCCUGACCUCCGUGCUGCAGAUGAACAUGUUCCGCUUCCUGGGCGUGCUCAUGGGCAUAGCCGUGCGCACCGGCUCGCCGCUGAGUCUCAACUUGGCGGAGCCUGUUUGGCGUCAGCUGACGGGCGAGCCCUUGCGACCCACCGAUCUCACUGAGGUGGAUCGCGACUAUGUGGCCGGCCUGCUCUGCAUACGCAACAUGGACGACGACACCAAGCUCUUCAACACAUUGGAGCUGCCGUUUUCGACGUCGUCGGCGCGCGGGCACGAGGUGCCGCUGUCCACCCGUUACACGCACAUCUCGCCCAGAAAUCGUGCGGAAUACGUGCGUCUGGCGCUCGGCUUUCGACUGCACGAGUUCGACGAGCAGGUGAAAGCGGUGCGGGACGGCAUGUCCAAAGUGAUACCCGUGCCCCUGCUCUCGCUCUUCUCGGCCGCCGAGCUACAGGCCAUGGUCUGCGGCUCACCGGACAUACCGCUGGGGCUGCUCAAGUCGGUUGCCACCUACAAGGGAUUUGAUCCCAGCUCUGCGCUGGUCGGCUGGUUCUGGGAGGUCAUGGAGGAGUUUACCAACCAGGAGCGUUCCCUGUUUCUGCGCUUUGUCUGGGGCAGAACACGACUGCCGCGCACCAUAGCCGAUUUCCGAGGACGAGACUUUGUACUGCAGGUGCUCGAAAAGAAUCCGCCCGAUCAUUUUCUGCCCGAAAGCUAUACGUGCUUCUUCCUGCUCAAAAUGCCACGCUACUCCUGCAAGGCUGUGCUGCUGGAGAAGCUGAAAUACGCGAUUCAUUUCUGCAAGAGCAUCGAUACCGAUGAAUAUGCGCGCGUGGCCAUGGGCGAACCCACCGAGGCAACUGGGAGCGAGGACAACAGCGAUCUGGAGUCCGUUGCCAGUCACGAUGGCUAAACGCACUAUCGAUAACAACUAUUUAUCGAUUAUGGAAAUUAAAAGGAAAAUAACCAACCCGCUGCUGCUGCUACUGCUGCUUAACAUACUAUAAACGAAACGCACUCAAACGCAUUAGAAUAGCUGUUUAGCUGAUUAAUCGAUUAGUUGAUUAACUGCUUAGCAAUUUGCACAUACUGCAGCAGAUAGUCAAAGAUACCCACUCACGUACACACACACAUUCACUGACUCACACAAACGAAUACAGCUUGGGAGAAAGAGAGCAAAACAAAUGAAAGCGCAAUUUUGAAAGAGUAUAAGACUGGAAAACUUCCAGUGGAAACUGUAGAUGAGCCGAUGCGACACACGAAACCAAAAAGCAAAAUAAAUAAACGUUAAAUGUUAUUUCCAUACUGCAUAAAUGUUAGUUAAAAAA